AUGUGUCUGCCUAUUAAAACAUUAAAGAUUAUUGCUUUUAUUUAAGUCUUUAUUGCUUUUGGACUUUCUAUAUUGGCAUUUAUUGGUGCAUAUUAUAUUUCAAAACUUUUGGGUAAAGUGGAUGAAUAAUUAGCGGCAUUAGGAGUAGUAAGAAUAAGUUCUAAUUUCUUAGGGCUUCAUCUCAUUGAAAUUUUUAUCUAGACCGUUUUGGACCUUGGCUUUUGGUAUAUUUAUGGUGGCAAUAUGUGGAAUACUAGGCACUAUAAUGAAGAAUAGGAAAUAUUUUUUAGUAAUGUUCAACAUGGGGAACUUAUGCUUCUUUGCGACUUUCACCUUAGUAGGAGUUAUAGCAAUUAUUGUUGGAGCUUCUAUGACAUAGGAUCAAACUUGCAGUCCAACAGACCCAUAAUAUACAACGGUUCAAUCAAUGUACAAUCAAGCUUAAUUAAAUCUGUGCAAAAGCCCAUGUGAAUGUUACUAUGCGAAAGAUAUAACUCCUUAAGCAUCAACAGAGGUCUAAGUAUAUUCUAAGACUGAUCAGAGUAAAGUACAAUUUAAAUGUAAUAUAUCUAUUAGGCGAUAAACGCAUAAGAAUGCAGUUAUUUUAAUAAUGCUUUCUUGAUGGAUGCAUCAGCUAUUUAGUGGAUGGAAGAAAAAUUUGAUUGUUCAGGUUGGUGCAUAGAGUAUCCAAUUUAAAUGUUUAAUGACGUCAAUUCAGAUGUGAAAGAUCAAUAGUACUAUUUGAAAUUAUCUUAGAUUCUCUUGUUAUAAAGCAUUAGGUAAUUAUUUUAAGAGGCUCUUCUCUAUAUCUGGAAUAGUAUUUAUCAUUAUGGCAUUUAUUAUGGGAUUGAUGUUUAUAUUUACAUGUUGUUUGGGUUACCAUCCAGACAAUUAGCAUAAAUUUGAUAAUUAUAAUAAGAUUAGAAAUUAAAGAUGAUCA